UCCCCGACAUGUCUGCCGCCACUGUUGCUGAUGUUCUCGUGAACCAAUUUAUUGCACGUUUCGGUUGCCCCCGACGAAUUCACUCAGACAAUGCAGCCAACUUUUCGGGUUCUCUUCUUGCUGAGGUGUGUCGUCUGCUUGGUGUAGAGAAGUCCUUUUCUUCAGCCUUUCACCCUGAGGGAAAUUCCAAGUGUGAACGAAUGAUGAGAACUAUUCUUGACAUGCUUGCAAAGUACCUGGAUGCGAACCAUACUGAAUGGGAUGUACACAUACCGCUCCUCAUGCUUGGGUAUAGAGCCAAAGUGCAUUCUUCACUAGGUCACUCCCCGUACUACCUGAUGUUCGGUAGAAAUCCGAGGCUGCCAGCGUCGGUGCAAAUACAAGCACCCUCCACUGCGCCAAAAACUGUCACUAUCGCUGACUACUUGUCAAAGCUGACUGAACGAAUUAAGCUUUCGCACAAAGUCGCGCUUGAGGCCUCAAACAGACGCCACGCGCGCAACAAACGACUGUUUGACAAGAAACUGACCACGUAUAGUUUCCAGGAAGGUGACCCUGUGUACCUUUUCAGGAGUGUGGCAAAGAGUGGCCAGUAUUACAAAUUCAUCAGGCCAUGGAAACCGGCUGUGAUCGUCAAAAACCUGUCCGAACUGAAUUACCGGGUGAGGUUGUUGGGAGGAAAAAAGUCUGUCGUUGUUCACCACAAUAGACUGAAACCUCGUGAUGAUGACCCAUCAGUCCCUGUCGCAGCCCCAAAUAUGUCGAUUCCCAGUACUGUGGUGUCCCCCUGCACAGAGACUGAUGUACAGCUGCCGUCUCGACCGUCUCCGUUGCCGCGCUUUGCGGCGCUGGGUGGCGACUCCUACCUGCCGCCUUUCCGCGGAAGGGCAGACAGUGGACCUGCGACUGAGGCUCUUCCUGACCGUGAUGGGGAAGUGGGUGAGCCUCUGUUACGUCUGUCGGCCGUGUGUCCGCGGCCGUGCUGUCCGCGGCCGUGCUGUCCGCGGCCGUGCUGUCCGCGGCCGUGCUGUCCGCGGCCGUGCUGUCCGCGGCCGUGCUGUCCGCGGCCGUGCUGUCCGCGGCCGUGCUGUCCGCGGCCGUGCUGUCCGCGGCCGUGCUGUCCGCGGCCGUGCUGCCCGCGGCCGUGCUGUCCGCGGCCGUGCUGUCCGCGGCCGUGCUGCCCGCGGCCGUGCUGUCCGCGGCCGUGCUGCCCGCGGCCGUGCUGCCCGCGGCCAUGCGGUCUGCGGCCGUGCUGUCCGCGGCCGCGCUCUGCGGUGAGAGUGCGCCGCGCGCUGCGGCGAGGGUGCGCCGCGCGCUGCGGCGAGGGUGCGCCGCGCGCUGCGGCGAGAGUGCGCCGCGCGCUGCGGCGAGAGUGCGCCGCGCGCUGCGGCGAGAGUGCGCCGCGCGCUGCGGCGAGAGUGCGCCGCGCGCUGCGGCGAGAGUGCACCGCGCGCUGCGGCGAGGGUGCGCCGCGCGCUGCGGCGAGGGUGCGCCGCGCGCUGCGGCGAGAGUGCGCCGCGCGCUGCGGCGAGAGUGCGCCGCGCGCUGCGGCGAGAGUGCGCCGCGCGCUGCGGCCUGUGGUACUUUGAUACUCGUGUGUCAGUGAUGUGUUGCUGUGUUCGUAUCUGAGUUGGUUUCACCGUUGAAUGUCUGCUAUUUUGUUGAGAGGGUCGGAUGUAGUCAUGUUGGUGAUUUCCUAUUCUGUUCAAUUUAGUACUCUCUUCCCUUUUCGUCAGUGUUCAUUAUUUGCCGCGUUUAGACUUUAUUUUGGGUUCUGUUUAAUCCAUGCCAAUCUAGUAUUAAUUUUGUAUUGUCAUAAUUGUUUUCCGUGCCAUAGGUUUGCUCUGUAUUUAAUUGCAGCCCUAGUAUCUUGAGUUCCGAUGUUUUGAGGGCUCCGUUUCAACCGCGUGGUUCAGUCUUGGCCGUCUUGGCGUGUCUCGGCGGCGAAUACAGCACAGCAGCAA